AUGGCUUUUCUUUGGCGCUGGCUGAAAGGAAGAAGACGCGAACCUCCUUUUGCGAUCAUCGGACACCUUCACGAUUUGCCUACUAUAAUCGAUGUCUGGCCUGAGGAAUCUGACAACCAUACCUUGAUCGAAGGGCAGUUCAAUAUACGGCGAAUUACCAAAGCGGCUGCCGAAUUUAUUGGCGAGACCUGCAAGACCUCUGCAACGGGUAUGGAAUCUGAAAUUCAAAAGUUCAUGGAGGUGACCCACCAGGACUACUUGACCAAGACAGCAUCGACUAUUUCAGCACCGGUGGGUGCCUCCUUGGUGGUCCUGGUCAUGGGACGGGUAUCCAAAUACAAUCAAACCCCGCUCCCACAAUGGCAUGUUGAUCCCACGGUAUAUAUACCAGAGAACGAGGGAGAGGCCUGCAACUUUUACGCUACGACGCUUCAUGGUUAUCCAACUAUGGUACUCGCCGAGCAUGGAUUUACUAGAAAGUUCAGAUUACGAGGGUUUGCGCCGAUACCUAGCCACAGCGACUCAGACAGCGUUCCUAAUGCCAAGUUCCUUCAGCCUAUCGAAACUGGAGAUAUCAUCAGGUUUACGUCCGGCCAGCCCGACUCCCCUUUGCAUGCAUCCGGGUUCAGAUACGACGAUCAAGUCUUUCUCCGAAUUUGUUAUGGUAGUGAGGCGCAGAUUCGCCAGCAUUGCGACAAUUGGAACAGGAAAUAUAGAGGAUGA